UUUCCUGCGCGUGAACUAUUGUCUUACUCUCCACUCCACCUGCAACAGCACUCGGCGAUGAUAUAGGAUAGUCGACCUCACCUCCUCCAAUCCCUACCUACACCUAUCCCGACGCCGGUGUCCUCUCGAGAGCUCCACGUCCCCCUCUCUGCCGAUUACUGCGAAAACUACCUCCCACAGCGACCGCGACGAUAUCCUGAACUCUAUACUACACCUCCCCAAGCGGCAACCAUCGAUUCUUUGCGAUAGUCUCGCUAAAACAAUACGACGUGCAGCCACCAUCACCCCAGUCGGGCACUCUUCCGGAUACCCGCAAUGAAGGCGAGCUAGCACCAUUGCCUUUGCGAUUGGCGGCUAUGGAUGGUGAAAGCCAGGCUCAGAGGGAUGCGAGGCUGAGCCAGUUAUGGCGGAAGCUGGACACCCGGAAAAAUGGCACGCUGGACUAUGCUGAUUUGAAGAGAGGGUUGGAUGGGAUGAACCAUCCUUUGAAGGAUGCCGACGCUCUGAUCAAGGACAUGCUGCGCGCCUGUGACAUCGAUCACGACGGCCACAUCACUUUUGAGGAAUUCAGCCGAUUCUGUACACAGACGGAGAAGGAGCUCUGGCAAUUGUUCCAGUCGAUCGAUCGCGACCAUAGUGGGAAGCUGGACAAGGCUGAACUGUCAAUGGCAUUCGAGCGAGCUGGUGUGGCUGUAUCGAACGCAAGGCUGGACCGCUUCUUCAACUACAUUGACAAGGAUCGUGAUGGCACCAUUGACUUCAGCGAAUGGCGCGAUUUCCUCCUUUUCAUACCCACCAACUCCCCUGGCCUCAAGGCCGUCUUCUCUUACUACCAAUCCACUUCGAAACUCACAUCCGAAGGAGACGUACAAUUGAGCGACGAGGCAAUUCAAGGGUUAGGUACGAUUCUACAUUUCCUCAACAACGCGCUUCAGAACAAGCCACAAUUACAUAUUCCCGACGAAGACGACGACAACGCGAUCGGAGACGACCCAUACAUUCCACUGAAGCCCGCCCGCCGGAAAAGGGAUGAGUCUGGGGAAUUGGCGCCGGACGGACAGCAGCUGCAGCAGGGCAAAGCCAAGAAGGAGGUAAAGCUAAUGGAUUUCGUGCCGCAUAUAGGCUACUUCCUCGCUGGAGGCCUGAGUGGUAUCACCUCCAGAACCGCGACCGCGCCUCUCGACAGGCUUAAGGUGUAUUUGAUCGCACAGACCGGGCCUGCAGAUGAGGCUGUAAAAGCGGUGAAGCAUGGGAAUGCAACGGCGGCAGCAAAACAUGGUGCCAGGACGUUGUGGAUUGCUUGCAAAGAUCUGUGGGCAGCAGGCGGCAUGCGCAGUCUGUUCGCUGGAAAUGGCCUCAAUGUCAUCAAAGUCAUGCCAGAAUCAUCGGUCAAAUUCGGCGCGUACGAGGCUUCAAAACGAGCAAUCGCGAAUCUAGAAGGCCACGGCGAUCCGAAGCGCAUCGCUUCUGCUUCCAUGUUUGCAGCAGGAGGAACAGCCGGCAUGAUAGCACAAGCGGCCGUCUAUCCUCUCGACACGCUCAAAUUCCAAAUGCAGUGCGAAACCGUCGCGGGCGGCGAGCACGGCAACAGACUCAUCUUCUCCACCGCCCGCAAGCUCUGGAACAAAGGCGGCAUCCAAGCCUUCUAUCGCGGUCUGCCUAUGGGGCUGAUCGGCAUGUUUCCCUACGCGGCUAUCGAUCUUAGUGUGUUCGAGACGCUGAAGAAGAAGCUGAUCGCGCGGAAUCGCCGCUUGCAUCCGAAUGUCAAGCACGAUGAAGAUGCGUUGCCGGGCAACUUUUACCUGGCGCUCAUGGGCGGUUUCAGUGGAGCUAUUGGCGCCAGUGCGGUCUAUCCCAUCAAUCUGCUGCGUACGAGGUUGCAGAGUCAGGGGACCGUUGGACAUCCGAGGACGUAUACCGGCAUUGGAGAUGUUACGAGGCAGACUUUGAAAGGAGAGGGUGUGAGAGGACUGUUCAAGGGGUUGACUCCGAACUUGUUCAAGGUCGUGCCGGCGGUGUCAAUCACUUAUGUCGUCUACGAGAACACCAAGAAGGCGUUGCAUUUGCAGUGA